AUUUUUCUUUCAAAUAUUAGUUUACAUUUAUGAACAAAUUAAUUUUAUAAUCUUAAAUAAGAAUUCCGUGAUAUUCAUUUAUGACCAAUAUUUAAAAGUGUAAGAAAGUUUUUUUAUAAAUAAAUAAAACAAAAAGAAGCUAAGAACAAGAGUGUUUUCUCUCUUAAACCUAAAAACAAAUAAAAAAGAAUAUAUAUCAACAAAAAAUAGCCUUAAAAUAAAAUAAGUAUAAUUGAUUUGACUAUGGUAUAAUAAAGUUAUAAGCUCUACAGAAGAACAAGCUAACUUCGAAAUCCGCACAGUACUAAAUUAAAUAGCAAACUUAACGCAAUGGGUCUUCAAGUGCGAAUUCUUUGCUAUAUUCCCCUAUUUUUGCUGUACUUCCAAAUCGGUGAAGUAAAUACCAAGGGAAUCUGUCUGUAUUUCAGCGAAAAAAAAGCUUCGUGGUUUGAUGCCUUAAUUGAAUGCCAAAAGCAUCACAUGUGUUUGGCCGAUCUGAACACCGAAGUUACCCUGGGUCAGAUGGAAACCAAAUUUAAUCACGAGGAAAUCGAGUAUUGGUUCGGCUUAAAUUCGCACGAGAAAAGUAACUACAGAUACGCCUCCAACAACAAGUCCAUAGAGUACUCCCCGAAACAUUCCAAGCUCGUGAACGAUGGACGGUGCGCCUUUGUGAAACACGAGAAUGGCUUCUACAAAUUUGAAUCUGCAGAUUGCAAUGCUCACAAGAGAUUCAUCUGCACCAAAACCGAUGAAUGCGAUGGAGUUAGCAUGAAACCCGGUAAAUCGAAAUGUGUCAUAACCGAAGAGGAGAAAAGUGUUGUAGCCUAUUAAUUUAAAUGUUUCCAGAAGCAAAUAAAGUGUGUUAGGGCAAGGCUUUGAUAA